CUGCAGCUGUUGCAGCUGGACAAGGCCUUCAGCCGUGCCUCCCGGGCCUGGGAAACGGUCCUCCCCCUGCCAGCCCCCGCCCUCUCCACUUGGGCGCACACCUCCCUCCCUGACGCAUUUUGCCGCACAAGCUGUAAUAUGGCGGCAGCAACGGCGGCCUGAACUCCAGGGAGCGAGGGUGAUUUUUGAUACUUCAAAAUCGUAAGACUAACCGCCAAUGCGGGUCUCCUCCGACAGAGGACUGUCAGUGUUGUAUAGAAGAUAAGAAGGCCUACAAAAAUUAUUUAGAAGAUAAAGGAUAAUCAGAUUGAAGUAUUGGAGCCAUGGGAAUAAAGGUUCAGCGUCCUCGAUGUUUUUUUGACAUUGCGAUUAAUAAUCAACCUGCUGGAAGAGUGGUCUUUGAAUUAUUUUCUGAUGUGUGCCCCAAAACGUGCGAGAACUUCCGUUGUCUUUGUACAGGUGAAAAGGGGACAGGGAAAUCAACUCAGAAACCAUUACAUUACAAGAGUUGUCUCUUUCACAGAGUUGUCAAGGAUUUUAUGGUUCAAGGUGGUGACUUCAGUGAGGGGAAUGGACGAGGAGGGGAAUCUAUUUAUGGAGGAUUUUUUGAAGAUGAGAGUUUUGCUGUUAAACACAACAAAGAAUUUCUUUUGUCUAUGGCCAACAGAGGGAAGGAUACAAACGGUUCACAGUUCUUCAUAACAACGAAGCCAACUCCUCACUUAGAUGGGCAUCAUGUUGUUUUUGGGCAAGUGAUAUCUGGUCAAGAAGUUGUAAGAGAGAUAGAAAAUCAGAAAACAGAUGCGGCUAGCAAACCAUUUGCUGAGGUGCGGAUACUCAGUUGUGGAGAGCUAAUUCCCAAAUCUAAAGCUAAGAAAGAAGAAAAGAAAAGACAUAAGUCAUCAUCAUCAUCAUCCUCUUCAUCUAGUGACUCAGAUAGCUCAAGUGAUUCUCAGUCCUCUUCUGAUUCUUCUGAUUCAGAAAGUGCUUCUGAAGAGAAAUCAAAAAAAAGAAAAAAGAAACAUAGGAAAAAUUCCCGAAAACACAAGAAAGAAAAGAAGAAGCGAAAGAAAAGCAAGAAAAGUGCAUCUAGUGAAAGUGAGACUGAAAAUCUUGAAGCACAACCGCAAUCUACUGUCCGUCCAGAAGAGAUCCCUCCUAUACCUGAAAAUCGAUUCCUAAUGAGAAAAAGUCCCCCUAAAGCAGAUGAAAAAGAAAGGAAAAACAGAGAAAGGGAGAGAGAGAGAGAGAGUAAUCCACCUAACUCCCAGCCUGCUUCAUAUCAGAGGCGACUUUUAGUUACUAGGUCUGGCAGGAAAAUUAAAGGAAGAGGACCAAGGCGUUACCGAACUCCUUCUAGAUCCAGAUCAAGGGAUCGUUUCAGACGUAGUGAGACUCCUCCACAUUGGAGGCAAGAGAUGCAGAGAGCACAAAGAAUGAGGGUAUCAAGUGGUGAAAGAUGGAUCAAAGGGGAUAAGAGUGAAUUAAAUGAACUAAAAGAAAAUCAAAGAAGCCCAGUUAGAGUAAAAGAGAAAAAAAUAACUGAUCACAGGCAUGUGUCUGAGAGUCCUAACAGAAAAAAUGAAAAGGAAAAGAAAGUUAAAGACCAUAAAUCUAACAGCAAGGAGAGAGACAUCAGAAGAAAUUCAGAAAAAGAUGAUAAAUAUAACAAAAACAAAGUGAAGAAAAGGGCCAAAUCUAAAAGUAGGAGUAAGAGCAAAGAGAAAUCAAAGAGUAAAGAAAGAGAUACAAAGCAUAAUAGACAUGAAGAAAAGAGGAUGAGGUCAAGGAGUAAAGAAAGGGAUCAUGAGAUUGUUAAAGAAAAAGAAAAGUGUGAUUCUAAAGGAAAGGAUCAGGAAAGGAGUAGAAGUAAAGAGAAAUCUAAACAGUUAGAAUCAAAAAGUAAUGAGCAUGAUCAUAAUAAAAGUAAAGAAAAAGAUAGACGUGCACAGUCUAGAAGUAGAGAACGUGAUGUCACUAAAGGCAAACACAGUUACAAUAGUAGAACAAGAGACCGAAGCAGAAGUAGGGACAGGAGCAGAAGGGUGCGAUCGAGAAGCCAUGACCGAGAUCGCAGCAGGAGCAAGGAGUACCAUAGAUACAGGGAGCAGGAGUACAGGAGAAGAGGAAGGUCCCGGAGCCGAGAGAGAAGAACAACACCAGGAAGAUCGAGAAGUAAGGAUAGGAGGAGGAGGAGAAGAGAUUCACGGAGCUCAGAGAGAGAAGAAAGUCAAAGCAGGAACAAAGAAAAAUAUAGGAACCAAGAAGGCAAAAGUUCACACAGGAAAGAAAAUUCUGAGGGUGAGAAGAGAAUGUACUCUAAAAAUCGUGAUCAUAAUAGUUCAAAUAAUAACAGGGAAAAAAAGGCUGAUAGAGAUCAAAGUCCAUUCUCAAAAAUAAAACACAGUAGUCAGGACAAUGAAUUAAAGUUCUCCACAUUGAAAAAUAAGGAGGAUGAGAAGACCAGGUCCUCAGUGGAAAAAGAAAACCAAAAAUCAAAGGGUCAAGAAAAUGACCACAUACAUGAUAAAAAUAAAAAAUUUGAUCAUGAAUCAAGCCCUGGAACAGAUGAAGACAAAAGUGGAUGAGUGAGUUGUGUACACUUCUUAUUUCCAUUCUGUCUCAGAUUUUAAGUUUUAGAGACUUGCUGAUGAAUCUUCUUUAUGUUGUUUUCCUCUUCUCAUUGUUUUGGGGUUUUAUGUUUGUCCUUUUUUUUUUUUUUUUUAACGUGGACUUUAUUGAGUUGAUCUUUUGAUAAUCUGCAACCUGAAUAAUUUGUACUGCUAAAGUUUUAAUAAACUUGAAAUGAGAAAAACAUUUUGGUGUAAUACUGUGUGCUGUGUUUAACUAUUUCAUGUAUGUAUUUUUGUGUUGCAACAAUCAGCCAAUAAUAGCAAACAUGCUUCUCUACACCCCAGUUUGUGUGUGAUCAGCCAGUUCAAAACAAGGGUAACUGAUUGUUGGAAUACAUUGUUACAUAAGCUUUGUUUCUCAUAAUUAAAGUAACUUUAGAAGCCACUAGGUGGAAGAAAUCUUGUGUAGAUUUUCUGACUGCAUCUGUAAUAGAGGCUUCCCGCAGCACAACAGCUUUUAAUUAUACGGAAAAGCAGGAUCCUAAUAACUUGAGAUCUUAAGCCAUCACUUUUGUUUUUUAGGAAUUUGUGCUUUAAAAUAUUUAUAUUGCACUUCCUAUGUUGUUCUUUAUAAUUCCAUUCAUAGCUUGAUUCAUACUAACAUUUUUCCUACCUAGUUUUAUUUUACUUAACUGUCUACAAAAAUAGUUGAGUUCUUUUUUUCAGUUGAUGUACUGAUUUAGUUUGACUUGCUGUUAUACAGCAUUUGACAAGAACUUACCUUGGAAGGUGAGAUUGUAAUUCUCAAUUCUGUGUUGCUUUUGAUCUUGAAGAGAUGAAACUUUUGCUUUGGGGAACAUCAUUUUAUUUUUAUUAUCAUUACCCUUCUCUAAAAUGAAGAUACUUUAGUCACUAAAAUAUACCACUUGUGCAGGUCUUUAAGUUAGACAGAUUCUAAAAAUUGUUAGUAUUGACAUUAACUUCCAAGACUUCUCUUUUGGCCACUGAUCUAUAGAGAGUUGAGUGAUAGCUCUGCAUGGUUGCUGUUUUGGUUUUGUUUUGUUUUUGUUUUUUUAACUUGAGCUGGCUUUAAAUCUCAUAGCUGGGAGUUUCAAAUGGCAAGAAAAUGCACCUUUUCUAUAUAUGUAUCACAGUAGGGUAUAGCAUGUUUAUGACUCUGAUUUCUUUCUAUUCAGAUGGCUUUAUACCAUUAUUGUUAACAUUAUUUUAGCUUGGCAUGUAUAACAUUGCCACAUAGAGUAGAAUAGAACGUUGCAAAAUUUGAUAGCUUACAGAGUUAAACAGUAAAGUUACCCAAAGUCCAUUUAGAAUUUUGUGUGUUGUAUAUUGCUAUUUUUGUGAUGUGUGGCCUUUUUUCCUGUAAUUUCUCUUCUAAAUAAAAUAUUGAACAUCCAGCAAACACGAAACCUGCCUCAUUUGAAAAGAAACUUCAGAAUUCCAAUUAAUAGUAGUCUUUACAGUGUUUUGUACUUCAAUAUUUUUCAAUGUAGUGUCACCUUUUAACCAAGGUAGCUUCUUGGAAAACCCAGUAACUACUCAGUGCUGUUUGUACUGAGCAAAGCAGUGCUUAACAUAAUACUUCCCAUUAUUGAUUAAUAGAGUAAUGACACAUUUGGCAUUGUGGUAGCUGUUUGUAUAAUGAAUAGUAGGUAAUGAUUAUAAAAUUGUCUGGACUAUCUUGAAGCAAAUUUCCACAAUGACGUCCGUCCUUUUAAGUUUAUUUUCCUGAUCAUAAUGGUGAUAUUUAUGGUGAUCAUAAUGGUGAAUUUAUGAUAAUCUGGGGUGAUUGAUUCCUUAGAGACUUAAACCACAAACCCUACUUUAGGGAUGAUUGAAUCUUGAGUUCCCAAAAUGUAUAAUCUGUAACAUUUUAAAUUACUGUCUUAAAAUUCAGUAAGCUGCAUUUUAAAAAUCUGUUAUAAACUAUUUGAGCUUCAAGAAAGGUGCUAUUUAGGAAAGGAUUUCUAACAACAACAAACCCAUGCUAAGCAAAAACACUUAAUGUUGUCUGAUUCCAGAGCUUGAUCUACUAAGAAUUAUAGACCAGUAACCAUAAGGGGAAAAAUUCAUUAAUUUCUGUAAAUAAUUCUCUCCUGUUCGGAUUAUCAAAAGAGCAACUCCAUGCCAAGAUCUAUAGACAUUUAAACUUUUUUACAAUAGAACAGAUAUGAUGAAAUUGAGAUGAGAGAUGACAAUCACAUUUUAUUUUCAAAAUAUGAAAAUAUUUAGGAAAUAAUUAAACAGCAGUAUCUAUACCUCAAGUCUGGCUUUGCAUCUGAAUAGCACGUAGCUCAAACAGUCCUUUUAGUACAUUUAUAAUAGUUGUGCCACCUUUAGCUUUUACUUUGAAUAUACUCCUUCCUAAAAGCUGGCUCUUUUUUUUCCUGUCAGAUCGAUUUUAUAGUUAUGUCUGAGCUUAUGGUUUACCUCAAACUAUCUUCAACUUCAUAUUCGCUAAAGAUAUUUAAUUGGUUUAUUGUUUGGCAAUAUCUGAAAUUUUUUUUUAUGAUUUCAUUCUAUUUUGGGUUAACUGCCACAGAAAUUGACACUACAGAGAGAUUAAUGUUAAUGAGCUGUAAAGAAUCUACUAGGUUGUUUUGAAAUAUUUUUAAAUUCCUCUACAGUUAAUGAGUUCAUAGAGUAUUGUAGGCCCAUCUUAGCACAAGCGUGAUACUGAUUCAAAUUGGCUUUGCUGAGUGGCCUUUGAUUCUUGGACCCAGUGAAAGAUAUGAAACUGAAAAGCAAGUAUUUCUUAAUAUUAUGGACAGGAACACAUUGGGUUUCCAGUAUUUUGAGUAGUGCUAUUAAUGGACAAUUCUGAUUCACUUUCAAGUUAGUUUAUGGGACAAGUUUGGUUUUUUGGUUUGGUUUUUUUGGUUGGUUGGUUGGUUGGUUGGUUGGUUGUUUUCUGUAGCUCAUUGUGCUUUACUCUAGGGUUUUUUCCAUCACACUUUGAACCUUUUUAUAACUUGUUCCCUUUACCUUAACUGGAAGGUACUUUAAAAUAUACACAGUAUACAGUUGAUUGUUGUAAAGAAACAUAAAAUGGUUAUUUUUCUGUCUUUUGGUCAUGUUUACUGUAAUUAUUCAAUUUAGUAUUCAUACAUUUACAGUUGAAUAAACUCUCCAAGGAUUGUAGAUCUAUAACCUGUUUAUGGUGAAAAGAUUUGUUUUGUUGCAAAUAAUUGUUUUCAAAACUCCAGGAAGUACAGCAUUGGCUGAAACAUGCCCAUAGCGGGUUCCCCAGCUGCCUUGAAAGGAUUCAGACAAAUGCAGACUCUGGCCUGUGACACAAGAAGUAAAUAUUGAAAAAAAUCACAGAAUUUAAAAAUCAGCAGGGUUGGAGAAGGGAGUUGAGGGGUGUCGUUUGUUUUUAGGUAUAGGAGGAAGUGAUGCAGUUAAUUUGUGUUUCUGCCAUUUUUGUUUUUAAGCAAAUUCCUGUUACCAAAAGCCUAUGCUGUAUAUUUUGUUUCUCUUUUGUGUGUUUCUAGUACUUUGAAGUGAUAAAUGAAUUGGGUGUUGUGGAGAUGUUAAAAGUUGUGGCUGCUCUCUUUGUAGAAGGGAAAAAUUCAAAUGAAGUUAACACACUUCUUUUCCUAGCUCAAAAGUCACUGUGAUGUAUAUUUUUUUAAUGAAAUUUAGGAAUAAAGCUGUUGUCACAAUUGUAUAAUUAGUUUCAAAAUGCUGCUUCUCUUAUCAUUAGUCUAGUAACUGUUAAAACUGUUUUCUGCAAACUGCAUUUUACAGAAUUUAAACUCUGAAACUAUCAACUUUUAUAGUUAAACAUUGUAUUAAAUAAACUAUAACAGUUUGUUUUUGUAUUUUUAAGAUUACUGUUGUAUUAGUUAUUCAACCUUUAUUUUUUAUUAAAAGUAAUGAAGAUAAAUCAACUAAAAUACUUUUAUUUUACCCAUGGGGAUAUAGAAUUUGUAUUAGGAUAAACUGAGCAAAGAGUUCAACAAUACUGAACUUCUUUAAGAAUUUAGUCAGGAGUGAUGACUUCUAGAAGGUUUGGAGAUAAAUUCUAGUGUAAAUGUUUAAUCAUAAUGCUUCAGAUUGCAAUGUGUCUUUUGCCUCAGCAAACGUUAGAUUUGAAACUUGGAUUACUAUAUACUGGAAUGCUACCAUUUGCUUUUUAAUUCCUCCAAAUUUCUCAACAUUGGGAACACUGUAUUAUAUCCUGUGCCUGCCAGUUUUACUAUAACACUUAACAUUGUAAAGCCAUAUAGAUGUUAAUUGAGUCGUAAAACAAAUUGUCUAGUUUUUGGUUUCUUGUUUGGUUUAAUUUUUAUUUAAAUUAGGUAUAUUUAGGGAAAAUGCACCAACUUGAAAGUUAGUCACUGAAAAUAUAUAUGGUUAGAUAAAAAUGUUCUGACCAUUCAGUGGUUUGUAUAUGUUAACAGGUGGUUUUAAAUUCUCAAAUUCUGGAGUGUUUUUAAAUGCUUUAUUUAGCCAGGAGGAUAUGUAAAAAUGUGAGUGCUUCAUAUGGACUGUGUAAAUUAAUUGUGUAUUAAAAUACUUUUAGUAUCAA